GGUUUGUUGUGGUUUGUUCGAUGUGGCCACAGUAUCGGUACAGGAUAGGUAAUGGUGUACCUACAGUGGUUAUGACACUAUAACUUUUGUGUGUACUGAUUUAGCGAGUCGAGUCGUUUGGGAUCGUAGAUGAACAAAGAGCAGUGCGGUUGUGUUGAAACAGAUAUCGGCAACACCAAGAGACGUUGAUUCUUCUUGCAUAUUUUUAGCGUCAAUUGAAUCAGACAAGUGUAUUAAUUUUGAAUACAAAAACUUCUAUUAUUUUUGAUAAUGAGUGACAGUUGGGACAAUUGGGAUAGUAGAUCAUCGUCGAGGAAAUAUGAUCGAAGUUAUGAUCAUAAAAGAGAAAAUAGAAGGGAAAGAGGCAGUCAAUUUUAUAGACGCUCUAAUAGAUCAUUUGGAGAUAAUAAUGAGUAUACAGGAUCAGGUACACAGAAUUAUAAUAAUGUUCCAUAUAGGAAGAAUAAUGAAAUGUCAGACAGUACAAAUGGACUUGUUAUGUACAUUGAUUCCAAUAAUGUUGGAAGACUUAUCGGGAGGGGUGGUAGCAAGAUUAAAGCUCUACAGGAAGAAAGUGGUGCUAUGAUUAAAAUCGACAAACAAUAUAAUGAAAAUGGACAGACUGCUGUGACACUAACCGGUACAGAUGAUACGCAACAACGAGCUAAGAGUUUAAUAGAGGAGUUAUUUACUGAAAGGGGUAAUACACAUUUAAAUGAAAGAAGUAAUAAAUAUGAAAAUGAAUCUGCACAACAAACAACAUCUCAGCCUGAAAAACAAGAAAUUGAUUGGACUACUUUUGAUUGGGGCAAGGCUAAUGAAGAAUAUGAGGAGCGUCAAAAACAGAGAUGGGCGGCUUUGCCUCCUAUUAUAAAAGAUUUUUACAAAGAAGAUCCAACCAUUGCUAAUAUGUCGAAGUCAGUGGUAGCUAAUUUCAGGAAGACUAACAAUAACAUAGAAGUCAGACAUGUUUUUGAGAAUGAAGGAGGUUCCAAUGAAAAUAUGAAAAUACCAAAUCCUGUUCAAACUUUUGAACAAGCUUUCCAUGCGUUUCCAGAUAUCCUUAGGGAAAUACGAAAGCAAAACUUUGAGAAACCAAGUCCUAUACAAUGUCAGGCAUGGCCUAUUCUAUUAAGUGGUCAGGAUCUCAUUGGGAUAGCGCAAACUGGAACAGGAAAAACUCUUGCUUUUUUAUUGCCUGCCUUGAUUCACAUUGAUGGGCAAAUAACUCCACGUGAAGAGCGUUCUGGGCCAAAUGUUCUUGUUAUGGCUCCGACGAGAGAAUUGGCAUUGCAGAUUGAAAAGGAAGUAGGAAAAUACUCUUACCAUGGCAUUAAAGCGGUAUGCGUAUACGGUGGCGGAAAUCGUAAAGCACAAAUAGACACUGUGACAAAAGGUGUGCAAAUUGUAAUUGCAACCCCUGGAAGAUUAAACGAUUUGGUUCAAGCAAAUGUAUUAGAUGUGUCGGCUGUGACGUAUCUUAUACUCGAUGAAGCAGAUCGUAUGCUGGACAUGGGUUUCGAACCUCAAAUUCGUAAGACUCUUCUAGGUGUACGACCGGACAGACAAACUGUCAUGACAAGCGCUACAUGGCCUCAGGGUGUAAGACGUUUAGCCCAGUCAUACAUGAAAAAUCCAAUUCAAGUGUUUGUUGGAUCACUUGACUUAGCAGCUGUUCACUCUGUAACACAAAGAAUUUACAUGAUUAAUGAAGAUGAAAAAACAGAUAUGAUGCAUCAGUUCUUCCAAGAAAUGGGACCUCACGACAAGGUCAUAAUAUUUUUCGGUAAGAAAUCAAAGGUGGAUGAUAUUUCUAGUGAUCUGGCAUUAAUGAAUGUCGAUUGUCAGAGUAUUCACGGCGAUAGAGAUCAAGUAGAUAGAGAACAAGCGUUAGAAGAUUUGAAGACUGGAGCUGUUCAGAUCCUUCUCGCGACUGACGUGGCUAGUCGAGGAAUCGAUAUUGAAGACAUUACACAUGUACUGAAUUAUGACUUCCCACGGGAUAUAGAGGAAUACGUUCACCGAGUCGGUCGUACUGGACGCGCAGGCCGAACAGGUGAAAGUAUCACUUUUAUGACAAGACAUGACUGGCACCAUGCAAAAGCACUCAUUGAUAUCCUCGAAGAGGCUAACCAGGAAGUACCUGAGGAAGUAUACAAAAUGGCUGAAAGAUAUGAUGCAUGGAAAAAGAAAAAGGAACAAGAAGAUUCAUACGCAAGAGGCAACAGAAAUAGUGGAGGCGGUAGACGCGGCUUUCGUAGGAUGUAAAAUGAUUAAUUAAUCAUGCGCUAGGACUUAGAUUACAUGUGUUUAAGAUAAUCAGUACCAGAUUUUACACACAUUGUGAUAUUAUUUUUAGUCCAUAAAGAUUAAUUUCAUAAAA